GAUUGGCUGCCGCUGAUGGAGGAUAUUCUCACUUCUCCGGCCGUUGCGGCAAUGGAACUAGAACUCAUCCAUGAGCUCGUAAAGCACAACGAGUACCAGACAGCCACGCCCACGUUCUAUGGAUGCGAGUCAAGCGGCCUUCGACGAAGCCAGCAUGCUGUGAAGGGUGUCGUGGCGGAUGUAGUGUUCACCGUACGUGGGCGAACAAAUGCCGUGGUCGGCAUGUUCGCAGCAGCCAGUGAUGAUGCAUGUGGAGCAGCACAAUCUCUGGCAGAAAGCAUUACAGCUGAAGGUCUCGCUCAGGUCGAAUUCGUCACCGUGGACAAUCCGAGCCGGCACUACUUGCUUAGUCUGAAGAACAUUUGCCCAAACCUGCAGGUUAUGGCUUUGGACCCAGUGCAUCUGGCCAUGCCAUGUGAGUACGCAAGUUCUCGGAAACGUACCCAGGCCACGAAAACAUUGCGCUGCAUUCUGUCCAAAUUUUCUGCUGUUGAUCACACGUACGAUGCUGCAAGUUGGGGGCACGUCUUCCACGGACGCAGUUGCAAAGGGCUUACAGUCGAGGAAAAAUCGCUGCGUCAGAAAAUCGAAGAUCGGACAAUGUGGGUGACGACGACAGCGGAACAAAUCCUGGCACAGCUGGACCCAAGCCGACCGUUCUAUACGCGCAUCGAGUGGAUUCGGUCCUUAGCCGCCUUGGUUUCAGUCUUCCGGGAUGAGGUGAGCCGCCUCGCUCGUGGUCCAAACGGGCGAAUUUGCCAGCUGCUUCACACAGCAGCUGCUGCAGAGCGAAGUGGAUGGUACAUGAACAACAUUCGACUUCGUCACAGCAUGCCGAGACACCGGCUCAGUCUACUCCCCGUUGGCACCACCAGCAACGAGUCACUACAUCACGAGAUCAAUUGCUGGUUCCGUGAGACUCAGCAAAUGCACCAGUCAACUCUGCAGCUCAAACUUCGCGUUCUGAAGCUUGGCAAGCUCAUGUCGCACAACUCAGCUUUAUACCAGCACACCUCCAAGCAACUGCCGCAUUCUGUCGUGCUGGCACGAGCCAUUCGUCGCACCCUGUGGUCGGAGAAGGGAUGGCAGAGGUGGUGCAAGGAGCGUGCACGACCAAGGUGCGGUGUCCAAGGCGAGCCUGCCACUUUCUGCAAAGCGACAGCAAGAAAAACAGGCGGUCAAGGAUGCUGUUGUGAGAAUGAAGCGUCCUGCUGCCACACACUCUUCUGUCGUGAAGAAGAGACGGCGCACUCCCCACACUCUUCAGCGGAAGGAUUCGCUUCGGAGAGGAGGCAUGCGUUCGUCCACCUAGUCGUCAAAGAUUGA